AUGGAGGCAACCGCAGAUCUUCAAGACACGGCCUUGUUAACUCAGAAGUUUAAGUUUAAUCCAAGGCUGGGCAUUGACAAUCCUGUCCUCUCCCUGGCGGAAGACCAGGACCAGUCUGAUCCCUGGAACCUGCAACGCCCUCGCUUCUGUCUGCUGAGCAAAGAGGAGGAAAAGAGUUUUGGGUUCCAUCUGCAGCAGCAGCUGGGCAAGGCUGACCAUGUGGUGUGCAGGGUGGAUCCAGGCAGCUCUGCCCAGCGCCAUGGUCUCCGGGAAGGAGACCGGAUCCUCGCAGUGAACCAUAGCAUCGUGGAACAUGAAGACUAUGCCGUGGUAGUGCGCCUCAUCCGGGCCAGCGGUCCCCGGGUAUUGCUGACAGUGUUGGCAGGACAUGUGCACGAUGUGGUGCUUGCUCAGCAGGGGAGCGAUGUCUCCCUUUGUCCUACCCUGGGCACAGAGGUCAGGCCCCGGCUGUGCCAUGUAGUAAAAGAUGAAGGUGGCUUUGGCUUCAGCAUCACCCAUGGAGCUCGGGGUCCUUUCUGGCUGGUGCUCAGUUCGGGAGGAGCGGCUGAGAGGUCAGGGGUGCCUCCUGGGGCGCGGCUGCUAGAAGUGAAUGGGGUCAGUGUGGAGAAGCUCACCUCCAACCAGCUCAGUCGGAAGCUUUGGCAGAGUGGAGAUCAGGUGACUCUGCUGGUGGCAGGGCCGGAGGUAGAGGAACAGUGUCAUCAACUGGGGAUGCCUCUCGCUGCCCCUCUGGCAGAGGGCUGGGCACUGCCCGCCAAGCCCCGGUGUCUAAACAUAGAGAAAGGGCCUCAAGGCUUUGGGUUCCUGCUCCGGGAGGAGAAGGGCCUGGAUGGUCGCCUCGGGCAGUUCUUGUGGGAGGUGGACCCGGGACUGCCAGCUGACAAGGCUGGCAUGAAGGCUGGGGACCGCCUGGUGGCUGUGGCUGGGGAAAGCGUGGACGGGUUGGGCCAUGAGGAAACCGUGUCCAGGAUCCGAGCACAGGGCUCUCGCGUCUCCCUCAUUGUCGUCGACCCUGAGGCUGACCGCUUCUUCAGCAUGGUACGGCUGUCUCCCCUCCUCUUCUUGGAGAACAUGGAGAUUGCUGCCUCCUCCUCUCUGGCAGAAACCAAGGGUCUUCUAGUUGAAGAUGCAGUUGAGCCUUCCAGCCCUGGUGGCACCCGCCAAUGCUUCUUGUACCCUGGGCCUGGUGGUGGCUAUGGAUUCAGGCUCUGCUGUGUGGCCAGUGGGCCUUGUCUCAUCUCCCAGGUGACCCCAGGAGGUUCAGCUGCCCGCGCGGGGCUGCAAAUGGGAGAUGAAAUUUUGGAGGUGAAUGGAUAUCCUGUGGGUGGAGACAACGACCUGGAUAGGCUUCAGCAGCUGGCUGAGGUGGAACCACCCCUCUGCUUGACGCUGACAGCUAGGAACCCGCAGGGCUUAGAAGCCUGGAUUUCCUCAGAGUUUGGAAAGGACUGGACCCUGGCUUUGGAGAGGCUAUAG